AUGUCGAAAAAAGCCAAAUAUUCAGAGGAUGAAAUGCAACUGGCUAUCAAAGCCUACCAUGAAAGAAAAAAGCCAAAAAUCGCCCUAUUAGCGCGAGAAUUCUCAGUUCCUUAUAAAACCCUCUAUAUACAUACUAAUUAUAUUCAACCUUCCCCUAAAGAGAUUGAAGAGACUGUAAAUCGGCUUUUAGUACGCGCGGGUUAUAAAGUUACCGUUAGUCAUAACUAG